AUGUUUGGGUGGCAGAUAGCUUUUGACGUUGGGACAAGGUCAGUCGUCCCGUACUGGUUUGAAGAGAUGUCUCUCGUGGGGCAUGUGAAGAUGUACCACGACAAACCCAAAGAGGGAGAAAAGCGCAUAAAAGAGUUGUUUAGGGGCCUUAUUAUGGCAAAAUUCAGUGUCAUUGGACAAAUCAAUGCCGGUAGGCCACCAAGGGCCAACCGCUGCCGGAUAGAGUACACAGGCAGCAUGUUCGAGGGUACCACAUUUGGUCGACCCAUCGAGUUUGACGUCAUGAUCGUGAUUGACGGCUCGGAAGAUAUCGAGAGCCAGGAGAUCACCCCAGGGUACGUCAGGCUCCGAGCCAAGCCCCCCUUCCCUCACCGAUUUUCUAAGUGUCUUAAUGGAGACCAAAACAUCAACCCGACAAAGAUGCUGGACUGGUUUUAUGGGCUUGUGCAGAAAGCGGUCAACAAAGUUAAUAUAAAGGAAAGGAACGGCUUAUCCAUAGACGUGGACCUGGUCCUGUGUAUCCAGCUGGAUGAUCAGUACUACGUCGCCAAACCGUACAAGCCGUACGCGGACGAACCUCCGUACUGGUCCCUGAGGUGCGAUCCUGCCAUGCUGUGGAGACAGUCCUUCUCUGUCGACGAGACCAGUACGCUAAAAAGGAUUGACGGAGCCAACGAAUACCGCCGUGACUGCCUCCGCGUCCUGAAGGAACUGUUCCGGAGGGAAGCAGGUCUGGACAAGCUCACGUCCUUUCACCUGAAGACAGUCCUGCUGCACAUGUGUCAAGAAGAGGACCAAUGGCAAAGAAGCAAGAUGAACGAGCGUUUCUUUGACCUGCUGAGGAGGAUCGAGUCGUGUCUGCGAGAAAGACGUCUGCCUCACUUCUACCUGCCUGAACUGAACCUGUUGGACGGCAUCCGUCAGGACACCAUCGAGAACAUGCGGGGCCGCGUCAAACAUUUGAUAGACAACGAACUUGAUACAAGAGUUUCUAUUGCGGCAACCCUUGUUGCGUACAAGUAGGCAAAUAUAUCCUUGAAUGCUUACAC